AUGGCUGGAGAAAUAGUUAUACAAUGUCCAAUGCUUAACAACACCAACUACACGGUAUGGUCUAUGCGAAUGAAAGUGGUGCUUAAGGUGCAUAAAGUAUGGGAGACCAUCGAACCAGGAUCAGACGAAGGAGACAAGAGCGACAUGGCUAUAGCACUUUUGUUCCAAUCCAUACCAGAAGCUUUAAUCUUACAAGUCGGAAAUCUCGAUACAUCCAAGGCAGUUUGGGAAGCAAUAAAGGCAAGUCAUGUAGGAACAGAUAGGGUAAAGGAGGCUAGAUUGAAAACCCUAAUGUCUGAGUUUGAUAGAAUGAAGAUGAAGGAAACAGAUACAAUCGAUGAAUUUGCUGGAAAGAUUGCGGAGCUGUCAGCAGAAUCAGCGGCUUUGGGAGAAACUAUUGAAGAACCAAAGCUUGUCAAGAAGUUCCUAUCAGGUCUACCUCUUAGAAAAUACGUACAUAUUGUUGUUGCUCUUGAACAUGUUCUUGAUCUCAAUACAACAAGUUUCCAAGACAUCGUGGGAAGGUUAGAGGCUUAUGAAGAGAUAAUAUUUUGUGAGGAAGAAGAUGAACAAAACGAUCAAGGAAAACUCAUGGACUCGCAAAGCUAUCAAGAUGGAUACGGACGUGGAAGAGGAAGAGGACGCGGUCGUUUCAGCAAUUAA